CCAAAAACUACAACAUAACACUGUCAAAAACAUAUUGAACUUUGAUGAAUUUGAUGAAUUAGAUUUAAGCUAUAACGCCACUAGUAAAACAACAUAAUAUAAAUGUAAUAAAUCAUUCUUAAUCAAGUAUUUUAUAACUCGCUUAAUAUGACUGAAAGCAAAUCAAUUUUGCACGAGCUGUAUGUGUUUUCGGAAUGGAAACCAGAACCAGAAUAUUUGCAAAAACCUGAUAAUUUAUUGCCGGAAAAUAUAUCGAGUCUUUGGCGAUGGUUUAAAUUUUUUGGACCAAAGAAAAGUUUGAUUGAUAGUGUAACUGCGCAUAAUGAAAGACAGCAGAAAUGGCAAAUAGCUUUAGGAGAUGAAGGAAAAGUUAUUGCAGUUCUCACAGAUAGUAUAUUAGAGAUAAGAACUAAGAGGUCAGAAUAUGCUACAAUUGCAGCAAGAACUACAGUUUCCCGGGAUGCCUAUGCACAAUGGCGAAAAGUAGUUUGGAGCCCUGACUGUUCAUUUUUAGUAGUAGCUUAUGGUAAUGGAGUAGUCAGUUUCUUUGAUCUUACUGCAUCAAACCUAUUUAAUAUUCCAGCUGAUUGUUCAAGACCAGGUGGUUUGGAAUGUACGGAUAACACACAUGCUGUUUCAGACAUAAUAUUUAUGCCACUUAGAGUCAAGGAUACAAAAUGGAAUUGGGAGGUGUUAGUGGUGACAUACGACGGCAAACUGCGCGGGUAUCUCGUGUCGCAGACAGAGGGCUACAAGCUGCACCACGUGUUCCAGUUCUCGGGUGGCGUGGCGGCGGCGGUGUACUGCGAGCCGCACAACACGCUUUACGUCGCCGGACUGCCGCGUCCCGCGCGCGAUGAGCCCGAGUCCGCGUCGGGCGCCGGCCUGACCGCGUGGCGCGUGCUCAACGACGAGCCCUUCUACAAGCUGUCCGUGGUGUCCGACGAGCUGGAGGCGCGACUCGCCAACGAGCGCUUCCAGCUUUACUGGCCGCUCGUCUUCAACACAAACUCGGACUUCAUAGUGCGCAUGUCGGCGUCGCCCGAGCGCGGCAGGCUGGUGUGCGUGCACUGCUCGGGCGCCAUCUCGGUGUGGAGCGCACCGGCGCUGCGUGCGCAGCGGCGCUUCGUGCUUGCGGAGCAGCCGCAGCACGCGCUGGCCAGCCCGCUGCCCGCGCCCGCGCCCGCCUCCGCGCCCGCGCCCGCGCCCGCGCCGCCGCCCACGCGGCCCGCGCACGUGGCGUGGUGGAGCGACGAGGAAAUAAUAGUGUCACGGUUCAAUGGCUCUGUGACUGUGUGCGAGCUGCAGGAGUUAAAUAACAUUCUCGGCAAAAAACCUGAAUUCUUCCAAGGAACACCACAGAUCACAUGUGCUCACGAUGGUGUUUUUAUGGUGUUGGAGUGCGAAUCGAACGUCAUGCCUGCUAAAAAGUCUCGCAGUGAUGAGUCCAUGGAAGUCGUGCCCGCGGAUGAGGAAGUCGACGACUCAAUGUUGGAAGUGGCGAAGGAGCUACUCAAAUCGGUGCUGUACGCUAUCACUGACAUCGAGACAUUCCAGCCCAAGCCUAAGAAGAUAACCGUAGUUUCGAGAAUUUACCGGCUCCUGGGAGUCAAGAGUACCACACCCAUGGAGCUGUUCUCUAGAAAAAUCGAAAGCGGCAACUACACGGAGGCACUAUCUCUGGCGGAGACCUUCGACUUGGACAGUGACCUGGUGUACCAGCAACACUGGAGGAAGAAUCCUGUCUCCACCGACGCGAUACACAACUAUUUGAGCAAGGUUCGCAAGAAGAUCUGGGCGGUACACCAGUGCGUGGACAGGCUGCCGGAGUCGCUACCGGCCGCCAACGAAUUGCUGCACUUCGGCCUGCAGCUCACCAACCAGAAAAUACUGGAAGAGAUAAACAAGGACCUGCCGGAGGAGCGCUGGGUGGGCCCGGCCGGCGUGACGCUGGAGGCGCUGAACGCCUACACCAGCGAGCUGCUGCGCUGCCGACACGUCAUGCUGUUCUACAAGGAGCGCCUCGCGCUGUACGAGGCUAUUCUUCGUUGCGAGAAAUCAACAUACGUAAAGGACGAAUACGAUCGACUCAGAAGCAAUAGUAUAGUGCACAGUGCUAUGGAAAUUGCCAAAGAAGGACGCAUAGAAGCGCUCACUUGUCUAUGGCCGUAUAUAAAGAGUCUAGACAUGCAAUUGACCGUACUGGACAAGAUACCGGAGACCCUCUGUCCGCUGACUUACCAACAUCUCCUUCCCACCAACGAACCCCUCGAAUGGUUCGAGAAAAAAUCUCCCAUAAAGAUUAAGCCGUUCGAACACGAAAACGACUGGUGCAGGAACGAGAUAUUCAGACCGAUCUGGAGCUCCAACUGGUCGUCGGACAAGACGCCGGAGGGCGCGGCGGCGGGCGCGGCGGCGGGCGCGGAGGCGGGCGCGGGGGCGGGCGCGGAGGCGGGCGCGGCGGCGGGCGCGCUGACGCAGUGGUACGAGCGGCGCGCGCGCGCCAUCGAGCGGCGCAGUGGGCUGGCGUCGCACGCGCUGCGCCUGCUGGCGGCGGCGCAGGCGGGCGCCGUGCCGGGCCUGGAGCGCGCGCUGUUCCUGCUGCGCACGCUGGACACGCUGCUGUACGACCUCAACGUCGAGGGCGUCUCGCUGGACGACCUCGAGAACAUGCCCAAUCUCGAGAUCUGCAAGCUGCUCAUGAAGAUGUCGACACGUGAGACUUUUAUCGCGGACUUGAAGCAGUUCCUGGUACCCUUCCUGAAGCGAUACCAGGAUCUGACUAGAUUUCCGGGCGCUUGUCUGUCGGGUCUCAUCGAAUUUCUCGAGGAUAUCAGUAAAGAGGAUCUCUCCUAUAUAUUACUAGUGCUACAAUCUCAUAAAGAAUUCGAGCUGGACGUCAAGGUGCAUCUGGAGCUCGUGGAGCGCUGCCUGUUCGCGCACACCGGCACCGAGCAGCUGGACAUGGCGUGCGACCUGCUGGCCACCAUCCUCAAGGAGACGGACGGCAGCAUCGCGCCCACGGCGCUGGUGCGGCGCUGCGCGGAGCUGGAGCGGCUGGUGGCGGGCAGCGGGCGGCUGGCGUGGCGCGGCGUGCGCGUGCCGCCGUGCGCGCUGCGCGGCCUCAACCGCGACGAGCAGCACGCGCGCCAGCUGCUCACGCGCGUGGCGCGCGGCCUGGCCGCCGGCGAGGAAAAACCGACGCAACAGGACUGGGAAAAUCUUCUCAAGGACAUGCUGGAGCUUCAAAAUACCCUUUUCGAUUGCGUCACGACGGAACAGUGCUACGAGAUCUACGCGUCUUCUCUCCUGACGUCGGGCGACGCUACUAGCAUCCGACUGUCGGCCGCCGUGCUCACCGUGUCGCCGACGGCGCUCCCCGCGCAGGCCCAGGCCGUUCAGCCCCCACAGGCGGGUCAGCCCGCACAGGCCGGUCAGCCCGCACAGCCCGCUCAAUACAGGAUAGAUUACAAGCGUAGCGUCGAAUUGGUUUUGAACGCAGCCAAGGAGUACUUCAACUCCGCUUCGUCUCUCACUGAUCCGGCCUUGGAGAUAGCCAGAUGCUGCCUGCUUUUGAUCGAAGAUGGAAAUAAGGAAAUAGAACAGGAAUUAGAUCUUAUAUCCGCUCUUCCCAUUUUGAGCGCCUUCAAUUUGACCAUACUGCCCAUUCAAGUUCGCCUGUGCGAAGAUAGGAUGAAACUAAUAGAAGACUGCCUAGCAUCCGAUCGGAACGCGUAUCUAGCGAGCCACAAGCUGCUCAAACUGGCGAAGCUGCUCAGGAUCGCCGGAGACGACGAGCAGAACAGGGAGGGCACGGUGCUGAUGGCGGUGUGCGCGCGGGCGCUGGGCGCGGGCGCGGCGGGCGGCGGCGCGGCGGGCGCGGCGGCGCGGCGGCUGGCGGCGCUGCGCCACGCGCCCGCCGCGCCGCUGCUGGCGCGCACGGCGCAGCACGCGCACGCGCACGCCGACACGCCCGAGCGCAGCCGCCUGCUGGCCGCGGCGCUGGCGCACGCGCCGCGUUCCGAGCUGCACGACAUGAUCCACGCGAGACUGAAUCUGCAGUUGGAGAGCUUGCAACAGAUGGGCGCGGCAUUGAGAGAUAACCAUCGUCUAGAUGCGCGCUGGUCGUCCACUGAAGAUGAGUUCGCGGAUGCUAUCACUACGCCAGUCAUAGAAAAGAAAGAUUUAGUAUCGUCGACACUGACGGAGAAACAAGUCCCGCUAAUCAACUUCCUGUUAGACACGGUCCAGAAUAAGUUCAGUUCAAGCAGUGGCAAACCCGUUUCGUCGGAUGCGACAGAGCGCACCGUCCACUGCCAGGAGUUCUAUCGCUCGCUGUACCCGGAACACGACGUGUCCAGCAACUACUACUGCUACGAUCGAUUCGCCGUUCCGGACGACCUCGACGGGGAAGCCAGCAUCGGCCAGUCGGUGCUCAAGUGGUUCUACAUACAGAACAGCCUAGAGGAGGGGGCGAUGGGCGAGCUCGAGACCGAUGUGACGCAGAAGUGCGCGGAGGAGCUGCUGUACAGGGACACGGCGCUGAGCGUGGCGGCGGCGCUGCGCGUGCCCGGCGGGCUGCGCGCGCCGCCCGCCCGCGCCGCCGCCUGCGCCGCGCUCUACGCCGCGCUCGUGGCCGCCAACGCGCCCGCGCUGCGCGACCACGCCUACCUCGCCGCGCCCCCGCAGCUGGCUCAUAUAACUUUGAAAAAAAAAAAUGCAUCAAAAGAACAAAUGGAGAUCAUUCGGCAAUGCAUCGAUAAGCUGAGCGGCAUGGGAGAGGUGGAGAGGAUCCGGGCACUGGGGCUCUCCGUCAAUGGACUGCUGUUCAAUACGGACAAGGACUACCGGCGAGAGGUCAUCUAUCACCUUGCCAAGUCGGUGGGCGCCGAGCAGGUGCGGCUGUCGUGCGCGCUGGCCGACAAGUACCAGCUGGACGCGCUGGACGUGUGGCUGCACGCCGCCUGCGCCGCGCCCGCGCGCGCCGCCGCCUGCCCCGCGCCGCGCGCGCCGCUCGCGCCGCAGCGGAUUCGAGAAAAGUUAUGGCCAGUGAUCGAAGGCAACGACUACGUCGCCCUGCUCAAUUUUUUCACGGUACUGAAGAACAUGGAAGACAAGACGCUAAUGUACGGCCUCACCGCCGUCGAACAUAUCAAACUCUUGAAGAAGGCAAAGGCUGCUUCGCCGGACUUAGACUACAAGUUGCUGCUCGAUCAGCCCUCAGCGGAUCAGUUCACGGAGCAUAUUCUGAGCAUUACAAAGCCAGAAAACGUCGGUCUGCUGAUGAAGUUCCUGCGCACCCUGCCGCCGGCCUGUAAACUCCCGCUGCCCGUAAACUCGCUCUUCACGAUGUGGCUCACCAAGUACUUCUUCAGCGUUGGAGCUUCGGGCGCCAGCAAGAAGUGGAUGCAGCAGUGGCGGCAGUGCGCCAGCUACUUCACCAAGCUGCCCAAGGACGAGCUGCUGCAGUUCGUGGCGGCCACGUGCUUCUCGAGCGACGCGCUGCUGCGAGUGCCGGCGGGGACGCGUAACCUCAUGAUAAUGCAAGCGGUCGACUACUGCCAGCAGGAACAAGAGAAUGAUUUCAAGUUCAACAAGAACGAGCAUUCGUGGGCGCAGGUGGGCCAGGAGCUCAGCCGCUGGGCGCGGUUCCUGGAGAACUACCACUCCGACAGCGUGCAGGCCAUCGUCGCCGCCAGCGAACUGCCGCGGGACCAAGUCUGGCCCGACCUAGAAAAGAGCCACGGCGACACGGAGGAGGUGGUCGACGCACUGGCGCGGCUCGUGCUGCACGGCGGGCUGCGCCCGGCACACCUGAGCUCGCUGCUGCAGCUGCUGCGCGUGCCGGCCGAGACGGCGGACGUGUUCCAGCGGCUGCUGCGCUCCUGCGAACACAGCCUAGACGACACGGCGGCGCUGGCGGCGCGCGUGGGGCAGUACCACCGCGCGGGCGCGGCGCUGGGCGAGCGCGUGCUGCAGGCGGCGGCGCAGCAGGCGGCGCGCGUGGGGCUGCCGCCGCAGCAGCAGCUGGGCCUGCUGUCGCUGGGCCGGCGCGCGCAGCCCGCCGCCGACCUGCGCCAGGUGGCGCUGUCCACGCUGCAGCUGUUCCGCGCCGAGUGGCCCGACCGCGCCUGCGCGCGCCUCGACGAGGAGAGCUUGUUGACGCCGGAAGGGCGACAGGAAGCCUACAACGAAUUAGUAAAUUCGUGCGACAGCUGGCAGCGCAAGAAGGCGCUCGUCGACGUGCUCGCGUGCUGGCCGCCCACACACAGCGACGGCCGCAGCCUGCACUGUGACUACUUGUAUAGACUACUGUCGCAGAGCGCUGAUGUGAAGGAGAGCUUGGUGCUUAUUAAACUGUUGCUGACACGACCCGUGCUUGAAGAUGAGGAAAUCAAGUGGCUGACUGAAAACGCAGGAAGUAAUUCACUCAUUAAUACCAUUUGGGUGAUAUUGCUUAGCAAAAGUGAAAUAUCUGAAGACCUUUUACGCAAUUUAGUCUUAGAGCACAAGGAUUCAAUCCAAAAAGAAGAAAUUGAAGAAGAUUUAAUUAAAGAGAUAUUAGACCAAGGAAUGUUUAUUAAAUUGGUAUCUACUCCAUUGUACUCAUCUAUUAUUAACUAUAUUAUGAACGCUGAUUCCUCUGGUGUGGAUACUUCAAACACUUACACUAUCCAGUGGGCGACCGCGGAACUUAUGAAGGCAAAUUAUUUAGCUGAGGCAGGAAAUCUGCAACUCUUAUCUGCUGGUGUGCCCUCUGUGCUGCGCGGGUUCUCCCAGGCGGUGCUCUAUUACAACAACACGCCUCAACAAUAAAAAAUAUAUAAAGGUGUCAAGUGUAUUAUACCGAUAAAAUAUGGAAAUUAAUUUAU